ACAGACAAGGAGCAGAGGCUUUCAGUUUCUCCUAUAGACAACAAUGCCUGGACAUAUCAAGAAAACUUCAGGUCCGGAUCCUGAUCCAUCCCCAUGGCUUCUUGUCUCGCCUGAAUUGAAGGAGAAGAACAAGAACAAGCCCUAUGAUCCCAAGAAGUCUGUUUGGGUUCCUAACAAGGCUGAUGGAGGAUACCUGGAGGGACUCAUUGAGUCCAAGGAUGGGGCCAAAGUCUCUGUCAAAGUUAAUGGAGAAGUCAAGGUGUUCAAGGAGGAUCAGGUUUGUCAGAUCAACCCUCCCAAGUUUGACUGCUCUGAUGACAUGGCUAACCUUACCUAUCUUGGUGAUGCCUGUGUCUUGUGGAACUCUCAGAUUAGGUAUGUCAACGAGUUGAUCUAUACCUAUUCUGGACUUUUCUGCAUUGCUAUCAAUCCUUACAAGAGGUUCCCUAUCUACACCCUCCGUACCAUGGAGAUCUAUACUGGAAGAAGACGUAAUGAGUGUCCUCCCCAUAUCUUUGCUAUUGCUGAGGGAGCUUACCAAGGUAUGAUGAACUCUGGCAUGAACCAGUCUAUCCU